CCCUAUCGCUUUCCUCCCCCCGCUCCAGCCCCGCAUCAAGACAGAAUCAAAACAAACGUGCGCAACCUCAGGCAAAUGCAUUGGCAUUUUCCUAACCCUCCUCAAUCCCCCCACUCCUCCCUCCCCCCCCCCCCUUUUGAAGGGCUAUUAUCCUCUCUCGAGUGUGUGGGUGAGUGAGUGAGACAGAGAGCGAGAGCGAGAAAGGUAGGGCAGUUUUUCAUUUUUCACAGCCGCCCCACACCAACAUCCAACUACGAACCGAAACGCCCACCAUCGCACGGAGGUGCUGGGUGAUCGAUCACGGUCCACGACGCAGCGCAUUUCCGUGACCCGUCUGUGUGUGUGCGUGCGUGUUUCACAGCAGCAGCAAAGGCUGUGUGUAGUUGAGUUCAUUGUUUCUUUUUGGUUCUUUUAUCACGGUGCAAAGCCACUUCCACUCCGCUUCCCGUUAUCAGUGUGUGUGUAGGUGUGUGUGUGUGCAUUUUGUGGCUCAAAACACAGGGACACUCCGCCGGAACCUUCCAAGGAACGGGUUGCAUCGCAAAACAGCUGCUGGCCACACAUUUCGGGUCGGACCACGUUUCGUGACAAAUUAUCCCCCCCCCCCCCCCCAUUCUUCCCCAUGAGAUAAUCAAUCUCCCACGGUGUGGCUGAGAAGAAGGCAAAGUACAACAAACCCUGCCUCGAGUCGAGCUCAUUAGCAUAUCCGGCGUGUGGUAAAUCAGUUGCUGCCAUCCUGCUGGUAGUGUCUGGUUGGUGGUUGAAGCUAAGUGUGUCCGCUUUACCGAGCUGCGCCGUAUUGCUUCGACAAAUUUCCAUUUUCUUGUUGUUGUUGCACCAUUCGAUGAGUCAUACCCAUCGGGCGAGCAAAAACGAGCGUUGCACAAUUCACACUUCUGCUCAAGUGCGCCAUCGCCGGUUGCUACGAACGUGAUAGAUAAGAGCAAAUCUCACUUGCCGUGAAGAGAGCACCACCACCACCAGCACCAGCAUGGAGAUCGGACCGGACGAGUGGAUGGAGCGGGCGAAGGAGAAUAUGAAAAAGUUCCUCAACCGGGGCGGUGCGUGCCGGGGGGACGAGCCGCAAAUGCUGACCGGGGCCGCGCUCGAGAACACGCUCGGGUACGCGCUGAACCUCACGAUGAAGGACCCGAACGAGUGGACGGACGACGAGCUGCAGCAGGAGUACAUGGAGCAGCUCUGCUUCUAUGAUGCCGAGUCGCGCAAAACGAUCGACCGGCUGACGCAGCAGAUGUACGCACAGAUCGGGGGCGAUUCCCCGGACGAACCGUGCCAGCUGACGAUCCUGCCGAUCGAGCUGUACGCGGAAGGGAAGCUGUACGAGGUGGCCCUGUUCCGGUACCAGUUCGGGGUGGGCACUGAGCCGAAGUACGUCGACUCGUACGGCCGGGUGUACGGCAGCUUUAAGGAUUUUUUGCGCAACAACAAGUACCCGUCGGCGGAGAUGAUGUACCCGCGGGAGGGCCGGCUGGAGGCGGGCGACGACAAAACCGUACUGUACGAGGUGGGCAAAACGCCCGCCUGGAAGGCGUACUACUUUAAGGCGCUCGACAUUGCGACGGGCAUUAUUGGAAUUGCGGGCGCUACCGGGGCCAUCUUUCUGUCGGGCGGUAUCGCCACCCCGUUCGUAGCCGCCAGCAUCGGUUCGGCCCUGUACGCGACGGGCCGGUCGAUCGAUGUGCUGCGGGACAAGAGCGCCCACCAGGAGUCGCUCAAUCCUUUCCUCGAUUCGGAAUCGCGCACCGCCUGGCUCAGCCUGACCGCGCACGUCCUCACGUUCGGCACGAUGCCCCACAUCUCCGCCCUGUCCGGCGUGGCCUCGACCAGCCACAGCAUCGCGACCGGCUUCAAGGUGUGCAACUUCAUCAACGAGACGGGCAACAUCAUCAGCGAUCUCGUCAUCUGCGACACACUGUCCGCGAUGCACUCGAACUACUACAACGCGUCGAUCGAGACGCGGCUCGCGCACGCCGCCUCGAUCUGCUUCUGGACCAAAACGACCAUCAGCAUCCGGCAGGCGGAGCUGAUGAUGAAGAACAACGCGAUCGUGGCGCUGAAGCUGUUCGGGUUCGAGGACCACUGCUGCGAGUACUUUAACAACGAUGCGCACGCGAUCGACAUCGGGCUGCGGAUAGCGAAGCAUUCGCUCGAAACGAACGUGCAGAUCGUGUCGGACGCGAGCGAUCCGGGCGCGAUCCGGAUCGAUGGCAGUCGGUUCCCGAUCGUGGAGCUGCUGCGGCUCGAGCCGAGCGAGGUCGAGACGCUGUUCGAGGCGCUGCAGGGCGUUUCGGCGGACGAGCGUGCACUGUUCGAUGAGAUGCGUCCACUGGUUUGCUGCGGGAAGGCGGCUGCUGCCGACGAGGAUGAUGGUAGGCUGAGCGUGCUGGUGCGCAUCCUUGCCCGGGAAGCGGAACGGGAGUGCUUGCCCGUGAGCGAUCUGAUGGAAAUGUUGCUGCAAACGUACGCCGCCAUCAAGCGGUACGAAGGGGGCGCGGCCGGCAGCGUACAACCGACCACGUUCCAGCUUUCGGCCGGCGGUCUGUGUAUUGGGCGCGGUCUCUGCAUGCGCCUGAAGCCGGCCUUCAUUCUGUUUGCGUCGAAGGAAGUGGCCCCGGCACCGGUGGAGCUGUCCGCUGGGGAGAACAGCAGCAGCAGCAGUAAGCCGCGUGACGGUGGCGAGACAGGCGAUACGGAAACGAACCGUUUAAUUCGGGCACUGUUGGAGCUGUCCGAGAAGCAGUGCAGCCAGUUGUCGGACAUUAUCCGCCAGGAUCCGAAUUACUUUUCGAUCUUUAAGCAAAAGCCACUGGAAACGAUCCAACAGGCAGGUGAGGUGGCCGUCACGGAGGCCCACAGGGAGCAGCUGCUGUACGCAAGGCUUAAGGAGAAUAUUUUGAAAGCACUGGAGCGAAACACGACCGCGAAGAACGACAGCUAAAUCAUCGGCCACAUGCAAAAGAAGCAACUGUGGGUAAGUUUUCACCUCGACUCCUUUUCCACGCACACACACACACAUUCCCCGGAAGGUUCCAAAAAAGAUGUUUAGAAGUCAUUUGUAUGCUUUGUGGAUUUGGUGUGGCUGUGUGGUGGGUUGUGCUGUUUUACUGUUUGGUACUUUUAUGCGCAAAAAAGCGGUACAAGAGAUUUAAAAAAAGCAAUAUAAAAUCGAGUGAAAUCAACUAGCUACUAACAUUUUUAGCCAAUAUAUAAACGGAUACAUCAUACACCAACAACAAAAAAGGUAGAAAAGAAAAAAAAACAUUAACAUCAAUUUAUAUCUAGCCAAAUUUUUGCAAAGUGCGGUGCGUAGUAGUGCGCCGCAGACGACUCCUUCGGACGAUAGAACCGGACCGGCUUUUGUAGUGCAAAACUUGAUGAUGGAACGAGAAACAGAAUGAAAAAACAAAACGAAUAUAAAAAAUAUAUACAAACAUCAGCAGCAAACAGUAUGCGAACCUAAAAUGACUAAAACUAAAACCGUAACAGAAACAUAUCAAAUUUGAAACCGAGUUCAACAUGAAUUAGCUACCAGAAAUAGUAAUGAAUAGAGAUGAACAGAUUUUUACACAUUUAAAAACAAAUAGGUAAAUAAUAUCAUUCAGCAUAUGUUUUGGGCAACUGUAGAGACAGAGAGCAAAAUGCGCACAUAAAAGAAAACACACACACACACUCUCAGCCAAACACACAAACACAUAAACACAAAAGAGAGGCGCUUUCUCUUCCGGCUAUAAAACGCCGCGCUUCCUUGGAUGAGCAGGCUUGAACGCGGUGAAAAAUCCGCUCUCCAUAACCUUCCAUUUCUUAUUCCCUCUCCAGCAGUGCCGUGUUUUGGCUCCACUCGUCUACCCGACUGAACACACAGAGACGAGUGCUUUGAUUGAAGCGCGCAAACAGAAGAUAAGAAGAAGAAGAAGAAGCAAAAAAAACCUAAAAGUGCACAAAAUCACAAUACGAAACAAAUCAAAACAAACGAAAACAUAAUCAAAUGAAAUCUGGAACACAUUACUUAUUAAACAUUUGCAAACGUUUCUACCUGAAAGCAAAACAACAACAGAACCAUUUUUAGGCAAAACACAAAGACACACACACACACACAAUUAGGAUUUUCUACUGAGGCGAGACGAGAACACUUUCGAGAAUGUUUUUUAUUUGUAUGAGCUCUAUUUACCUCUCCAACUGUUUGUGACUGUUAAUUUUGUUUAUGAGAAAAAUGGUAAACGAAACAAACAAACAAACAAACAAGAACACGUGAACAGACAAAAUAACUCACACACGCGCGUUAGUGUUUUAACGAUUAGAUAAAAAGAAAGCUUAGUAAUUUAACCAAAAACCGAAGUUGUAAAGUGAUAGAAUUGGAAGAAUUUAGUGCAGUACGCAUAAACAAACACACGUGCUGGGGGGGACACAAAACCACACACAUAUUUAUACAGGGGGGAAGAGAGGCGCGAAUCGUGUGAGUGAGCAUCAAAUCCACUACCUAUAAAUAUAUUACCCUCUCCCAACUAUGAGCAGCGCGCGAGUAGCGCGGCGGGCUUGAAAUACUUAUGAAGUUAGGAAAUGCUUUUCUAGUGUUUUUUUUUUGUAACAAAAGUAUAAUAAAUAUAACUUUAACUUUUAGUGUGUAGGCAAAAAGAUAACAAAACAAACACACACACAAACAAACAAAAAUUAUAAGAAAAAUGUUAAACUAAUAUGAGAGUAUAUAAAAACGAGCAAAGAAAAACACGAAAUAAAGCAAAAGAAAACAUACAAAACACCAAACAUUUGUAAAAUGUCAAAAAACAAACAAACAAACAAGAAAAGAUGUUUAAAACACAGGCAAAAAGAAUGAAAGUUUGUUAAAGCUUGCACAGCAGCGUACAGAGAAACCAUUGGCAAAUUGGCAUUAUAAAUAGAUUUCAAACUAAAAGAGUAGUGCAGCGCGUGUCCUCUGUACACGUUUUGAAGAGUUCCAAUUUUGUUAUAGAGAUGUGACAACACACAUAGAGAGAUGUAGUAGAACAUGCUGGGCCGAAGUUGUAGCCGUAUGCGUAGCGGUAGCAGUAGUUAGUAGACGCAGAGUAGAGGUGUGCUAGUAGUGUCGAAGGUCAGUUUCACUCGCUAUCAAACAUGAAGAACCCUGUCAAUUAACAAUGCUGCUUUAGAGUAGUGGCCGAAAUGGAACAAAAAGAAAUUAAGAAUCUGCACAGCUCUACCCCUAAAAUCCCGAUGUUUUGUACGAUCUAUUUUUCUAUCUCUCUUUACCACUGUUUGUUAAAACCACUGAAAUGUUAAAUUUUGUAUACGUUGUAUGAUAAUUGUUUGCCUACUACACAACUUCCCUGGCACUUUAUUGAAGGUGCUAGGGGAAGGUUUUUAACUAAGUUUCAGAGGCUGCCAACGAAACCAGGAUGGUGCGCUUUUUUUGAUACCGAAACACGUUCAGCCCCGGCACACGAAUGUUAAGCUUUAACUAAUUAUGGGGGAAAAAAAACAUUGUAGACGCGCGCGAGAAGGCAAAGGAAAUAAAAGAAAAGUGAUGGUUACUUGUGAAAAAAA